UUCAUAUGAAGCAUUAGCCCCAAUCAAUCCCCAAAGAAAUGCCCGGUCAUACAUUUUUGUUCCUCUAAACGCCGGAUCAAGAUCCAUCCGGCUCAACUAUUCUCAGUCAUCGUCACUGGUUAUGGCCGCCGACGCCUCCACCGUGGGCAGCUCCGCCUCAUCCUCCGGCGGCUUCGCUCCUUUUCUGGUUGACUCACUCUUCCAGCGUUCCCUCGAUGACAUGAUCAAAGCCCUCCGCUCCGCCCCCGGCGGCGAAUCCUCCCUCAUCCACCGCCUCCUCGCUGAGAUCCGUCGUGAGAUACGCUCCACGGAUUCCGACACCAAGUUCCUUGCCCUGCAAAAACUCACAUACCUCUCUUCCCUUUACUUUCUCGACAUGUCAUGGGCCGCGUUCCACGCCCUCGAGCUACUGCCCUCCUCUGUACCCGCUUUCAAGCGCACCGCUUACCUCUCCGCCUCUCUCUCUUUCCACCCGUCUUCAACCGACCUCUUACCGCUCGCCACCCAUCAGAUCCGCAAGGACCUUCAAUCCCCCAAUCCCUCCCUCUCGUCCCCCGCACUCCACCUCCUUGCCCUCUCCUCCUCCCCGGACCUCGCCCUUCACUUAUCAAACGAUCUUCUCUCUCUUCUCUCCUCCCCGCGCGCUGCUGUUCAUGUCCGCUGCCGCGCCGUUAUUACGUCCCUCCCCGUUCUCCGCCUCACCCCUGAUUCCGCUCGCACCUUCCUCCCCAAACUUGUCGAAGCACUCUCCCCUUCAUCUCCUCUCCUCUCUGCUGCUGCUGGCAUCUUUUGCGAGCUUGUUUGCUCCGGUGACCCACGGCCAUAUCUCCCCCUUGCCCCUGACUUCCACCAAGUUCUACUUGAAUGCCGCAACAACUGGAUCCUCAUCAAAAUUCUGAAAAUCUUCGCACGCCUUAUCUUAUUAGAGCCUCGUCUCAAGCGCAAGCUCGUUGAUCCGAUCUGCGAACUGAUGCGCCGGUCUCCGGCCAAGUCGCUGGUGUUUGAGUGUCUCCGAGUCGUUUUCUGUAGCUUCCCAGAUGAAGAAACGGCCUUUCAGCUUGCAGUGGAGAAGGUAAAAGAGUUUAUCGCUGCGGAUGAUGAUCCCAAUCUUCGUUUCCUCGGCCUUCACGCUUUGGCUAUGCUUCAGCCAGGGCAGUCCUGGGCGGUGGAGGAGAACCGUGAAGCCAUUGUGAAGUCCCUUGCUGACCCUGAUCCAAACAUCCGUCACGAGGCGCUCCGGCUUAUCAUGAACAUGGUUUUUGAGAACAACGUAGUGGAAAUCUCUUCUCUUCUCAUCAACUAUGCUUUGAGGUCAGAUCCUGAAUUCAGUAAUGAGAUCCUUGAUGCUAUUCUUGUAACCUGCAGUAGAAAUUUUUACGAGCUGGUGCUGGAUUUUGAUUGGUAUGUGUCGCUGCUUGCUGAGAUGGUGAGGAAUCCGCAUUUUAUGAAGGGAGAGGAGGUCGAGAGACAGCUUAUUGAUAUUGGAAUGAGGGUGAAGGAGGCCAGGUCUGAGCUUAUUCGUGUGGCUCGUGUUCUUUUGAUUGAUCCAGCUCUUCUCGAGAAUCAAUUCCUGCACAGAGUUCUCUCAGCUGCAGCUUGGAUUUCAGGGGAAUAUAUCCAAUUCUCAAGAAACCCGUUAGAGAUUGUGGAAGCUCUUCUACAACCAAGAACUAGUCUCCUGCCAUCGCCAGUGAGAGCUGUUUACAUUCAAGCAGUGUUUAAAAUCGUCACAUUUUGCUUCAAUUUCUUUGUAAAUGCUGGAGUUCUCUCUGAUUCUAAAUGCAAUAUUGAUGAAAAUACUGGUGCUGAAAGUGAGGAUAGUUCUGAUGUGACCACAUUCAAAAUGGAAUCAUUGGAGUUGAAGAAACUCUUAACAAGUAAAUCCAUCAUCCAUAUACUAAACUUGAUUGUAACGGCACUGGUACCAUUGUCAGAAUGUAAUGAGGUUGAGGUUCAAGAGAGGGCGUGCAAUGUUCUUGGUUUAGUUCUCUUGUUGAAUGGGAUUGAGUGGAAAACUGACGAUGUAGACUGGAGGAUUGAUGGAAAAAUUAGGGAGAUUGUUACAAUUAUGAGUUCUGCUUUCUCUGAAGAGCUUGGUCCUGUAUCAAUGCAUGCUCAAAAAAGAGUCCUUGUGCCUGAGGGGCUAGAGCUUAAGGAAAACCUUAGUGAUCUUGAUGAGAUACUAAGGAACAAUGAUGUUCCUUCAUCCCUCUCAAUAUCUUUUUCGUCGCGAAUACAUAGUCAUAAUGAAGAUAAGGAGGAAUCUGAACCAGCGACUGAAUCUACUUCUUUGCUUGCUGAACAUAGGAAGCAACAUGAAUUGUAUUAUCUUCCUACCGAUAAGGAUGAGAGUGGGUCAAAUGAGCACCCCAGAGAAAAUGAUGUUACAAAUGCAGUUAGCUCUGAGAAGACCACUAAUGAUCUUUUAAAGCUUACAGAUCAGUCUUUGGUUUCUAGGUUGACAAAGCCUGCAAAACCUCGGCCAACAGUUGUAAAGUUGGAUGAAGGCGUUGAUUUACCAUCAUCUUCUUCGAAGUAUGUAAGGGAACCAACUGGAGAUCUGCUCUCUGGUGCAGUUAGGGAUGUGCUUUUUUAUGGUGACGAAACAUCACCAACCAUUCAGAACACGCUUUCGGAGAACUAUACACAGAGAAAGGCAAACGAAACUUCAACAAUUAGCAAUGUAGAUUCACUGCUGAAAGAUAGUUCAUCUCCGCGCGAGAGAGAAAUUGGAAGUUCCAGCUCUAGAAAGAACAAACAUCAUAGUCAAGGUAAAGAAAGAAACAGAAAUACUAGGAAAAAUGAGACUAAAGAAGAGAAAGGCAAUAGGAGUUCAGCAAGGAGCAGCCAUCAUCAUGGAAAACACAAGCUUAAGCAAAGAGUAGAAUCAGGCGAUCCUUCUUUAGCUAAAGCUCCACAGACACAAGCUAUUCAAGAUUUCCUUUUGUAAAAGGUGAUACAAUUCUCGGCUACUUGUAUAUAUAUCUGCUUUUUUUGUAGUUCUCAAUCUGGGCUUUAAUUUUUUCUUUUCUCAAUCAGUUUAAGGAUAUUUUCUAACCCUUAUAUCUGUUUUUCUUACAUUCUCCAGAAAGUUCUCUUAAGCUGGAUUUUACUUAUUUAUGUUUAUAGUAGUUCAGGUACAUCUAAUGUUAUUAUCUUUGUACUUUUUACUUUCAAUUUUACAUCUGUCAGUAUUGACAACCUAAA